UUCCCCAAAAUUUACUUUAAUACUAACUAAAAUUGUUUGAAAUUACUAAGUAUAGCUCUUUUUUUGAGGAUUCAGUUGUAGAAAUGGAGAAGAGGAGAGUGUUGUUUGUACUAUGGGUAGCGGCGAUGAUGAUUAUGUGUUCGUGUUGGAUGGAGGAGGCAGCGGAGAACGAAUUUGGCUACCGGAGAGGUGAAAAUUGAAGGCGAAAAGGCUAUGCAUAGUGCUAAAGAGAAAGCAAAUUCUUUGGGUGAUUGGGCCUCUGCCAAAUUCUCCCAGUAUCAAGAAGAUGCAGCAUCAGAUGCUAAGGACACUAUAAGUUCUACCGCAUACGGAACCGAAAGAGAGGCGACUCAGAAGGUUAGUGGAAUGGUAAACAUGGCAUCUGACGCUAAGAAUGUUACUUGCGAGAAGGCAAAUCAAGCAAUGGAUGCAGCAGCUGAAAUGGCUCAUCGUGCCACCGAGAGAGGGAAACAUAGUGCAUUCAAUGUAUAUGACUUUGCAUCUGAGAAAGCACGUGAUAUCGAUAAUAAAGCGAAAGAGAGAGUUCAUUAUGCUUAUGCUUAUGACAUGGCAGCCAAUGCCAAAGAAGGAGCCAAACAUAAAGCUUCCGAGGCCUAUGAUUUCGCUGCUAAGAAAGUGGAUGAUGGAAUGAACACAGCUUCCCAAGUGGGCAGGGAAGUGAAGGAUAAAGCUAACCAUGCCUAUGAUUUUGCCACUGACAAAGCAGGUCAAGCCAUGGACAAGGCUUCAGACAUGGUAGGUGAGGCCAAGGAUCGCGCCAAAGACGCUUAUAGAUACACAUCUGAUAAGACGAAUCAAGCAAAAGACAUGGCUUCUAGUAGUGCAGCUAAUGCAAAAGACACAGUGGAAGAUAAAGCAUCCGAGGCCAAGGAUAGCGCCAACGAUGCUUACAGGUACAUAUCCGAUAAGUUGAAUCAGGCCAAAGACAUGGCAUCUAGUAGUGCUGUUAAUGCAAAAGACAUAGUGGAAGAUAAAGCAUCUGAGGCCAAGGACGCUUAUAGAUACACAUCUGAUAAGAUGAAUCAAGCAAAAGACAUGGCUUCUAGUAGUGCAGCUAAUGCAAAAGACACGGUGGAAGAUAAAUCAUCUGAGGCCAAGGAUCGCGCCAAAGACGCUUAUAGAUACACAUCUGAUAAGUUGAAUCAGGCCAAAGACAUGGCAUCUAGUAGUGCUGUUAAUGCAAAAGACACGGUGGAAGGUGAAGUAUCGGAUGCAUACAACCAAACCAUAAAAAUGACUACUGAUAGAAGUACUAUUGAUGCAAAAGACUCGACGAGGGAUGCAUUGGUCCAAGGGAAAGAUAAAGUUGAUAAAUAUGAAGAUGCAAAAUCGAAGGUUUAUGAAACAUAUAAAUCUGCAAAGGAUACUAUGAAUGAGCAAGCCAAGGAAAAGUAUGAAGAUGCCAAAGAGAAGGCCUCAGAUGCUGCUGGCAACCUUGGCCAAAAGAUGAGAACUGGAAGUACAGAACUAUGAGGAAUCAGUAGUCACUUUU